AUGACUGCGGCGUCGCUGCGUUUCGUCAUCCGACUUGUAUCCGGAACGAUCGACCUCCAAGGCAACAGACAAAGACAGAGUUCUGAAUUUCUCAUCUGGCUGGCACAAAUCUGCAUCACGCUGUGGAGGUACGACUGCAGUAGACAGUUGUUGGUGAAUCUGGAACAGUGCGCCCAUGACUUCAUAUGUAACGACAAUUUUGAACCCUCGGAAAAUGACGCGGCGUAUCUUGCGAUCGUCGCAUUUGUUCUUGGUGGACGCAUGGACGACAAGCUGUACGAGUAUGUCGAUGCUGUAGUAUGGCGCUCUAGGGCCGACUUUGCAGCCGUGAUAUCACCCUUGCGAAGACUGAUCAUUCGCGAGCGGCAGGCAUUGCUGGAAGUUAUUUUCAAUCGAUUUCCCCAGAUCCUAACCAGUCUGGCGUACAGCGAUGACGUCCGGAUGAAAUCUCUGGGAGAGGCACUGCAUAAAAGCUUCCAGAAUUUCACAGACCUGCAGGUGGACUUUGGCAAGCCGUACGCCCACUCUCACCAUCUCAACUGCGCGAGAUACCCGGAGAUCCUCCAGACAAAGCUAUUCGCCGCGCUAAACGCAGAGCGCAAAAGGUUGACGGACAGAACACCGAGUAUUGCGUCAAGCCACUCAGACACGAGCGUCAAACCAGUCAAACAAGAGAAUGGACCACGAUUGGGAGGGGGACUCCCCGCGAUCAAAAAGUUCACUAGGACGGUCACCGGGAUGAAGCAAGAGCCUCCUCCGCCAGCAGAGAGGCCCGCCGACCGCUUGCUUGCUAUCAUCACGGAAUCAAAGGUAAUAAUAGGCAAUAGAAGGAAGCGGAUCGCAGACGCGGUGAAGGACUUGAUAGAAGACAGAGACGAUAGAUGUGAUAAAGGCAUAGGGCGCCCUUCUACCGAAGAGGGUCAGAUUGAGAUCCAGGUCCUGGUCCAACGGAAGGAUCUUCCACAUGAGUUAUGA